CGUCAGUGUGUGUGGUUUUUGUUUUUUUUUCGCUUUAAAACGAUUAACGUGCCAUAACCGAUGGUGCAUCGCUGGUAGAGAGACAGAAUAGCAUCCCUUGGAUGAGAUGAGAGUAGCGACGCAGGCUGAAACGAAUGAUGCUAAGAUAGAGGGACAGUCAAAUGUUGUCCCUGCUGGAACCCACGUGGAAGAGAGUUUUGUGUCUGUUCAGGACGGUGUUAAGCUUUCGAAUGCUGGAAAUGGCUUCACAGAAGGAUGACAAGCGCGAUACAAUAGAUGAAACUGAAAUCCGCACGAAAGCUCAUCGAUGGUGCAAGGAUUCGAUAGGCGGUGCUUGGUCAAAAAUAACUGCGGAUGAGAUGAUCAUGGAUCAUGUGAGUGGAGGCAUGUCCAACUACUUGUACCUCUGUCGUCUUCCAAAUUGUGUAAAGCCUUUGGACCAGGAGCCAGACCAAGUAUUACUACGUAUUUAUGGACAUAUCACCACAUCAAACAUGGAUGUUCUUGUUCACAACUCUGUUGUCUUUGCACUUCUCUCAGAAAAACGCCUGGGGCCAAAGCCAUAUGGAAUGUUUUUUGAUGGGCGAAUAGAAGAAUUUAUUAUGGCAAAGCCACUCACACAUACAGAUCUCUCUCGUCCAGAGAUAAUGCAAAUGGUUGCAGAGAAACUGGCAGCUUUUCAUUCACUUGACAUGCCAUUAUGUAAAGAACCUCGCUGGAUGUUUAAUAUUAUAAAAAGAUGGAUCUCAGAAAUUCAAAAUAAUUUCUCAGGCCAUUCCAAGAAAAGCAAUAAGGGUGAUCGUGAAACUAUUUUGCGACUGCAAGCUAUAGACAUGGAGAAAGAGUGUGAUGAACUUCGAGAAAUAGUUCUUAAACUUGACUCCCCGGUGGUUUUUUGUCACAAUGACCUUCAAGAAGGCAAUAUUUUGUAUGAUGGCACAGUUGCUGAUCCAGACAAAAGGAUGACGAUAAUUGAUUGGGAGUAUGGAAACUACAAUUACAGAGGAUUUGAUCUUGCCAACCAUUUUUGUGAAUGGGCUAUAAGUUACAACUCAAACUCAUUCAGCAUGGAACCUGAAAGAUAUCCCACCCGCCAACAGCAGUGCAUAUUUUUUCAACAUUAUUUGAAAGCUCUUGGAAAGAGUAACGUGUCAGAAGAAACUCUAUCUAAGAUGUAUGUGGAAGUAAACACCUUUGCAAUGGCAUCACAUUUUCUCUGGGGAACUUGGGCAACUGUUCAGGGUCACACUUCAAGUAUAAACUUCUGCUACUGGGAUUAUGCUGCCAGUCGGUUUGAGGAGUAUUUCAAGCUAAAGGAGCAUCUGCCCACUUUCAUAAACCAAAACAUGUGAUGAUCAGUUUAGACGUGUACUCACCUGCCUUUCUCCAGCAUCUUGACCUCUGCUGCCUAAAAUGUUUCAGUCAUUGCCAUGGCAAACCUCAGUUUCAUAUCAUGCCUUUUACCUUCAGAAAGAUGCUUGAUAUCAAGACCUAUUUGUAUGAGGAAAUGUGUAAUUUAAGAAUGCAUUGACACUUUGUGAUAUCUGUGUGCACUGUUUUCGUACAACGUGCGUAAGCAGUUGAAAAUGUUAGUGAUGAUCUGUUGUGCCAUUUACUGGUUUAGUAUUUGGGUUAGCUGCGUAAUAGAGCUAUUAUCCACUACUUUUCCCGAUAAGCCAGAGUGGUUUGAAGUAUCAUUUUCAUUCCCAGGUAUUGAAACACAGGUGACUGAAUGUAAAUAAGAUGAGCUAUAUGGAGUGAGUGGGUUUAUAAUAUGAUGUGAUUUCUAAAGAAUUUAUGUUUUUUUUUAAAUGAUAAUUUCCAAGCCUGCAGAAGCAUUGAUAAAAAAAAAAAUCAAAGCUCUAAGGAGAGAAAACCUGCAAGCAAAGAUAUCAUAUCAGAACACCAACAUUUUGAUUGUGUGGAAGGGCAAAAUAUAUGAUAGACAUUUUUCCAGCUUGUUUGCACAAUAGAAUUUUUUUUUUUUUAGCACAAUAGUGUGCAUUCAAGAAAGAAAGGUUAGAGAUCUGGCUAACCCUAACCCUUUCUCAGGAAAUCAGACUUUAAAUGAGGCCAAAGUCCAAAUUGUGUUGAAAUUACAGGUUUUGGUGCAGUAACAUAUGAUCUUUAUUCUUGUGAACUUUUCUCCCAACUUUACAAGCUUGGUUGUUAAAAGUGUAUUUAUUCAGUGUUUAUUUUAACAUUCACAUUCUUAUUAAUGGGGAAGACAGGGGCGAGAGGAAAAAAUAUUUCUGCUUUUGACCCCAUGUUCCAUUUUAGGUCCAUAAAGUCCAGAUGUUGAAGUUCAUAGAUGUUAUGGGCAAAAUAAAGUCUUAAGUUUCUGAAACAUCAUUUCUAGAUAUGUAUAUUGAAACUUGUGUUAUCUGUCUGGAUUAUAUUUCUGCAGUUAAGGGGUUGCAUAUUUAUGAAUAUGCAUUAUGAAUAAGCUGUGACACAAAGUACUUUGACAUUGACAACACUGACAUGUUUCUUCUGAGAGGGUUUUGUCAUUUGGUUUAUAGUUUAUCUUGCUAUGUUCUAGAUUUCUUUUACUGUAAUUGAAUAAUUCAAAUGAAUCUUUUGUUAAGCUUUCAUUUGCAAAAAUCUUCUUAUAAUGUACAGACUGGCACUAUCAUUUUGUCAGGGUAUAUAUAUAUAGUGAUGGUGGUUGGCAGGGAAAGGGGUUUCAUGUUGUAACCAUGAUGCUAGACUACCAUUGUGAUAUUAUAAGACAAUAACUUGCACACUAAAGGCAACAGGUACCAGUGAACCCAACCCAACCUGCAGAAUGGAUGAUCUAGGGUGCAUGUGAAUGGACACUGUAGCUGAAAGGUACUGCUGCAUUAUAGUAUUCAAUAAGGAGGAGUUCUCUCACUGAACCUUUACUGUUUUCAUUAAUAACAUUGUGCCAGAGCUUCAACAGAGAGAAGACAACAACAACCACUUUUUCACUUUCCACCAAAGAAUAAGCUGACAAACUAGCAACACAUCUCUAAAAUUUGAAGAUCAGUAGAUGUACUUGGGGGUCAACCUCAGCAAAUAGCUUACAUAGAAGCAGCAUAUUAUCAGUGCAGAAGAAAACAUAAGAAAGCUGGCCAGCACAUGAGAACAACACCAGUAGAAAAGAUAGAACAUAUAGCAGCAAUCCCUCAUUCUAGGAAGAGGAGAGAGUGCAAGACAGUUAAAACCAUCAAGUACAAGCACAGAACAGACCACUGUGAAGACUGCACUGACCUCAGAAGAUAACACUUACUGUCUCUCCAGAUAAGAUCGGCCAAUCAUUGUCCACCAGUACAGGGCACAACUGGCUUAUGCAUCACCUAUACCGGAGGCUACACCUUGUGUCAUCCCCUAUGGGACGCAGAACAGACCAUGCAGCACAUCCUGCUAGAGUGUAGGUUCCUCCAAGAACUGAGGACAGAAGUCAGGCCUUUGCCAGUGUCCAUUGACAUCAAGCUCUACAGACCUGUGGAUGCUAUGCAGAUGACACCAGCUUUGUCUUAAGAGCUUGUCUCCAAGUGUAAAAACACUUCUAAUUUAGUUGAACACAACAUGUACAGCAUACUAUUGCAAAAAAAAAAGUCACUGUUUUCAGAUCAUAAUUAUUCACAAGAAGUUUGUAUGAUUCUGUUUAUUCCUUUGAGUUCUCAAAAAAAGUAGUUCAUUUGAAUGUGACUCCAGAAAAAACAUGAAAUGUAAAAAGUAUGUGCCAUAAGAUUUGAUUGUUGAUCAGCUAUUUCCUUAUUUGGAUAAUGCAUGUAAAAGCAGCUAAUUUUUUUAUAGUAUUUUUAGUUUUGAAGUAUUCAGCAUUAAUAAUAAAUGCAAAAUUUAUGUAGUACAUACUCACACUCCUAAGAACAAGAAUGAGACAUGGGCAACAUACAAGGGACAGAAGAACAAGUAAACAUAUAGACUUUGGAAGAAUAAAAAACAGUACCGAUGAUGAAUCAAAUCCAAAUGCAGAAAAGAGGAACCAAGUAACACGGUCUGAGAGUAUAGGGAUUCCGCAAAAGAAAGACAAAACUUUCAUCCCUUGAUCCAAGGACAUUUUUGUUUUGCCUUUAGUUUUCAUAGCUUCAUGCAAGCAGGAUUAUUUCAAUUUCUGAUUUUUUGUGCUUUUUUUAAAAGUAAGCCCUGUGACAAUAUCCGUAGCUUUCUUGCAUCUUUCUAUGUUCUGGCUGUGCAAAGAACUUAAAUUAUGAUAAACAAGCAAGUGAUUUUCAGGUGUUAAUUAUGAGAUGUGAGGUCCAGGUUAUAUUAGAUGUUUUUAGAUUUUACUCAAAGGCAGUGUAGUCAGUGAUGCUGCUGGAAAGCUAUCACAGUAAAUAAUAUUUCUUUGAAUAUAUUUUUGGAGAAGAAAAUUAUAGAAUGUUAACCUAUAUGGAUUGUAUCAAGGUGUUCUGUAUUUUGAGUUAGAUGUCAUAUUUAUGUAUCAAGAAACCGAUCUUGUUUUUACAUUUGUUAAACAUCACAAAUCUGACCAACUUAUUCCUGACAUUCAGAAGAAAUGUCAUGUUUCAGUUCCAUUGUGUUAUUAGAAUGUACAUUUUGGGGUUGAUUGUGUGAUGUUAUUAUUAAGGCUGUACUCUUUCGAAAAGUGAUGGAUUUUAGAAUGACAGUUUUUAAUAGUUUUUCUCCUCUGAAAAUAGAUAAAUAUACAUUCAAUAAAAAUAAAAACAAGAAUUUUAAUAGAAAUGGAUUGUAUGCCAUUUAAAAUAUACUUUUCAUGAUGCUGUCCAUGAGUUGUACAGUUGACCGGUAUAUAAUGGAAUUAUUGGGUGAAUACGAUACUCAUCCCUGAAUUUCAAUGAAAUAUAGUUUUUCAGAUAUAUUUUAGGCUUUUACAGAUGGUGAUGCUCAAUGUGUUUUGCUUCAUCAGCCUACUAAUGCUAGUGACUGAAUAUUGGUAACCAUUGGAAAAUUUUUAAUAACUUCUCCUGUACUUUUCGGAUGAUCCUGAGUGUUUUCUAACUUGAAGAAGGACUUGUUCUGUCACCUGCUAAGAUAUUACAUGCAAUAUUAUAAUGGUCUAAUACUAUUAGAAUACUGCUUGAAUAGAGAGGUUGUUAAUCUGUAAGUGAUUAUUAAUGUUAAAACUCUUACCACCACCAGUCUCUUGGCAUCUCAAGAAGUGCAUUUUCUGCAUAUCUGCAUAGACGGGGCAUUUGGGUAGUCAGAAAUAUUUUAAAAUCAUGUGAGCAAUUCUGAUAAAAGUUGAUGCAUAAAAUUGGUCUUCUUUGCUGGUGGCUGCACUCAGCCCACAAGACCAACAAUGAUGUGGCAGCAAAGAUUUCAGACCUCUGUGAAUCAAAAUCUUUAUGGUCAUUGCCAGAGAAGGUCCACAAUAUGACCAUGUCCUGCAAUUGUGAACUUGAAAUAUGGUGUCUAUUGCACAGUUCAGUAGAACUGCAUUUGGAAAAAAGUUUCUAAGGACAUGUUCAGCUCCCCAUUUUAUGAGUUGAAUGCUCAGCCCAUUUGGAAAUGUAUUUACCUGUAUUUUAGAAGUCUUUUUUUUUCCCCAUCAUGGAAGUGUUGCUUAAAAAAAUAGCAGCUUUGAUAAGAUAAUACGAGAACAGCCAUCCUUCUUUGCAAUUAGAAAACUAGAAAUAGGACUAAAACUGCAGGAUACUGCAGGUAACUGCAGGUAUAUUUAGAAUGGCUGGACUUUUAAAAAGCAAUGUGUUUUGGGAAAAAACAGUAUUUUCUUUUUUAAGAGGUGUUGUAGUUGUACUGUCGGAAUUGAAGUACACAAUGACAUAAAAGAACUGUUUCCCUGGAAUCAGUAAUUGUAUAAGCAGAAGAGAAAGCAUGUUUGUGGACAUGUACUUUUGUGGGGACAAAUUAUGAGCCAUAUUUGUUGUCUCUGGAGGAAUAUAGUUAUCUGAAGUAUUGAUAACUGUAGUCUAUAAAAUUAUCUGAAUUGUGUUUUAUAACAUUUUUGGGUACUUUGACGAUCAACCUGUCACCAGCAGUUUUAGAAUUGACAGGAUCCUUGUACAAAAUAUCUUCAGGAAGCACAGUUCCAUUUUGUUCUCUCUAUGAGUCAAGAGCUCAAGUGUAUUCAGGAUGAUGUGGAUGUUCCAUAAGGUGGUUGUGGUAAUGUCGAUGUAAUGAAAACACACCCCUUCCUUGAUUGAUUAAAAGUUAAUGUAUAGUAUCAUCAGAAAAAUGCAAAAGGGGAAAUAAGAAAACACGGAACUUACAAAAUUAAAAUGCAGUAAUAGCAAUGUUUUAUAACUUCUACAAGGUUCAUCAACAAAGAUUUUGAGCAAAGUCUAACUUUGAUAGUUUCUUUCUGCUGUUACUAUUUGCAGCCACUAAUUUUUUUUUUUUAUUUUUUUUUUUAUUUGCUCACAGUUGUUUCUGUUUGUGUAUUUUUUUUAUACAUGAUGAGCAUAUUUUGAUAUAGAAGGCAAAAGAUUGCCUGAACAGGUUUACUGGUGCUAUUAGGGGGCGCACUAACAAGUGCAUAUGUUGUACCAUUUUCCAAAGGCCUUGCAAUUCUGUUUGCCCCAGGCCCCACAUACCCCUUACAUCUAUCGAGGAAACUCAGCAGCGGAGUGGGCGGGGGGUGUUUUCAUAAAAGAAACAAAGAAAAUAUAGAAUCAUGGGAUGUUGAAACAAUUAUUAUUGGAAUAGGAAAUUAAAAGACUGCAGGGUCAAAUUAGUUGUAUACAUUAUGCAUUACUCAUAAGUCAUGAUAAAUUAACGAUAAUUAAAUAUGAGAACUGCCUUAUUUACCUUUGCAUUUUGGUUUUGUAAUACAGGUAACUGCAUUCAAGUCUGGAAAAGUAGCAUUUUAGAAUCUCUGUUGUACCCUUAAAUUUAUUAAUUUUUGUAUCCCACAAACUUUAGGUUAGCCUUUAUUUAACUAUUGGGACAUUGUGGAUGGGUCCAAUAUUUUGUCUUUUUCCAUCAUGUUUAUUAAAAAGAAAAUACCUAAGGAAAAUAAGAAAGUUGCUUUUAGUGAUAUAAAAUAUUCACUACUUUUACAUGUUUGUGGUGAUAUACGCAAACCAUUCCAUAUAUAUAUAUUAAUACUAAAUAUUUUGAAUUUACUAACAAGGAAUUUUUAUGAUUUUAUUUGGUUGGUAUGGAUGGAUAUGAGGAAGUAGUGUCCAUCAGUCAGUUGUUUCAUUUAGCCUACGAGGUCUUCACAGAUUUGAAAGGGUUUUUAGAGUUUAUACAAGUAAGCUAUCUACGCUGAUAAUUUGAAAAUCUUUAAAGUACUUCCAAAAGUUUUUAAUGAAUAUUUCCUUGUGUCUCAAGAGUUUUCUAGUUACGUCGCUCUUCAGGCUUUGUACAUCAUACAUGUGCAUGCUUACAGAUCUUAGGGAACUUGUUUCUGUGUAUUUAUGUUAAGGAGUUCAGGUGCAGUGGAGAACAAUAUUUCAAAUUUGAAAAAUGUGAAUGUUUUUCGUAUAUUUCCUUUUUGUUUAUAUGUAAAGAUAUUUUCAGCAAUUUUUCCUUUGAUCCUUUGAUUUUCUGCACCAGUUAUAUGCCAGGAUUGUGUAAAUUUGAUUUUUUUUUAAAGGUUGUAGCAGGGUUUGGAGUUGGGUAAAGAACAAUUUACUGGUUUAACACUUAUUAGGAAAUCUUCAAAUUAAAAAGAUAGCAUUUCAAUCUGAAAACCAUCACAGUUUAUUGUGAUUUAUCAUUAUACUUCCGGUUUCUCAAGAAGUGUGCCUUUUAUUCUUCAUUGUGCUACAAUGUUGCUGUGUAUUUACAUGCUUUCUAUUCCCAUGGGCAUUAAUGAGUUCAGUUUUUCUUGCUUUUUUUUUAAUAAACAUGGUCUAAGUUCUAUGAAUGUAAUGAUUUCAAGAUAGUCCUAAAAGUAAGAUGGAAUGUGGGGUAUGAGGGGACAUUUAAUGUUAACAUAAGAAAUACUAUAAAUGUACAUUCAGAUGCUUUGCUAGUUUGCUUAAGAUGCAGGAAAGAGAGCUGAUGGUUGGAUGGCAUAUCACAUUGUGGAAAGUUGGAAAAACAAAUCAUCUAUUUCACUCAAAAUUCUUUUAGGUUUUUUUCUUUUUUUUUUCUUUUUUUUUUUUAGAAUUGCAUUAAUUGCUCUGCAAGUCCAAUCCAGCAUGCGCAGAGAAUAUUUUACAAAACUGCUUGAGCCACAGAAAUUAGCAAUUUUACACUUUUAAGUAACAGUGCAGGACCUUCAUAUGUGUAUGACAAGACAGAUAUGCAUUUUUACUGUUAACACUUUGCAUUUUUUUUUAAAGGCAGCAGCGAGUGUUCUAGAAGAGGAGAAAGUGAUAUGACUUCAUCACAGGGUUGGUAAAACUCCAAAUUUCGGCCUUUAGUUAAAAAAAUGUGGAUAUAACCAAUUAUUGAAUUUGUCUUAAUAGUGUAUGGUUUAUUUUAAAUACCUUACAGUUGCCUGGCCAUGCCUGAAGGUGCUUUUCUGAAUUGAUGUUGAUUCAUUAAAAUUUUCAUUUAAUUAGAACCAUUAUAUUGAAAUUGGUGGUGUCUGCAAUCAACUAAGAUUGCUUUGAUUUUAACAUUAAUGUUUACGAAAUGUUUCUGGACUUGUGAGCUUUCAAAAACAGUUACUACAAAACAAAGUUUGGGAAAAAAAGGAGUGCAAGAUAUAAAUUUUUACUUGCUUAAUUAAUAUUCUUCACUAGUUUUUAUGACAUGAAAGGUGCCUUUCUAUUACUAUCAUCUAGUCUCUUUGCUUUAGUUAUCUACCUUUGGAAAGUUGAAUUCUUAAGUGCAUUUCAGUUUUAAAUUGUAGAAGUUCAGCCUGUUGUUUAGGAUUAUAAAAGCUUAAAAAUAAACAAAAUAUCUUUCCUGGUGCUUGAAAACUUGUCUCCACUGUGACUGCAAGGUAACCAAAGAACACAAGGUAAAUUUUACUCAACAAUUUAAGAUUUUUGUUUGCAGAUAUUAACUCUUGAAAUUCUUAUUUGUGAUACCAAGUAAAGCCACUUAAUUGUUUUCCCUACUUUAAAAUCUGCAUAUAUAUAAUUCUAAGAUUGAAUGGUUGGUUGUUAUAUGUAUCAGCAUUCAGGAAAUAGUUGGAAAGCUCAUGAGUCCAGCGAGAGUUAGAAAUCAGGCUAUGAAUUGCAGUUUUCCAAGUAACUCUUGAAGUCGACUCUUAAUUCUGCUGUACCAUACACAUGAAUACUAAUGGUAACAUUUCUUCAGGUUGUCUUGUUAUUGUGCAUAUUCCACUUAUCUCCUGGAGCUAAUAGCAGCAUUUAGCAUUUCAUUUGGGUGGGAUAUAUUUUUGUAUUUUAUCAGGUAAUAUUCAAGCAAGCUUUUUAAUGUAAUUGUAAGCACUACUGUCUCUUGUGUUAUGACUGAGUGAAUUUCGAUUUUGUGAGUUUUUAUUUGUGUGCACAUUAUUUCAAAGUUCCCGUAUGAAUGAAUGUGUGUAUGGGGAAUAUGAAAAACCAUAUUUGGUGUUGGGGUGUAUUUUUGUAUUUUAUCAGCUCAAAUACUUGAGGGCUUUCUAGGAGAAUCUAUAAACCGAAUGUAUAUCAUAUAUACUAUCAAUAUAUUUUAUGUGGAUGUGUACAAGCUGACGACUGUCUACACAGACACUGUUAGUAGCAGUUUCUGUUUCAUAUCUUUAGAGGCACAUAAUUUAAGAAUUAUUUAAAACUGCAUUUGUGUUUGUAUUCAUUUCGUGACAAUACCUCAAUCUCUACUGACUCUUCUAUGAUCUUUAAAGUACAUUCAUCUCCAAUUAACAUCAAAUGCAUUUAAAACCAAGACCAUUCUAUCUGAAACAAAGACUUUAGCCAUUUAAUGUGUGGACACAAAAAAGCAACUCCUUUUCAGCAACUCUUAAAAAUUUUAAUUGUUUUGAGUAGUUUCCAGUGUUCAGGUAUUAUUAAACAGUUUCACGUCUCAUCCUGCAUCUUUCUGAACAAAACACAUAAUAGCAAAUAGGUUGCUGUCUUCAAAUGAACUGGAAAAGAAAAAUAUUGUGAUUUAUUAAUUACUCAUCCUUGCACUGUUUUUAGUAAUAUUUUAAAAGCGUUAAACUUGAGUUUAGAUAUUUUUGUCUGCACUUUCAUUAAUAAAUUUUACUGAAAUAUGAU